GCCAGAUUGUAAAGGUCGUGAAACAUAGCGAGCAACAGCAAGAACAAGCGCAGGAAUAUAUCCAUCCAUAUACAGCAGCGAGCAUACCUUCCUUGCCUUUCUCCGUGAGGUCCAUUGCAAUCCAGAAACCUUCAAGUAUGGGCAGAUCUGCAAUUUCUCAGGCCCUUCCGGUGCACCAGGAAGACGAGGACCUGUUCGAGACCUCCUCCUCCUUCUCCUGCGACUCCGACGACGAGGCCCAGUUCUCCGACGGCGAGGACCAGUUUGUGCCGGCUUCCCCGCCGGUGCGGAGACUGAAUUCUGACAGCGUCUACGAUCUGUCGUCCAUGAAAGCAGAGCUCUCUGUCAAGAAAGGAGGGUUGUCCAAGUACUACGACGGAAAGUCCCAGUCAUUCGCGUGCAUGUCCGAGGUGAGGUGCCUGGAGGACCUGCCCAAGAAGAGCCCCUACAAGAAGAUCAAGUCGUGCAGGAGCAACAUCGAUCUGGACGGGAACCAGAAAGCCUGCCCCGUACCUGGUUCUCACAACAGCAAAGGAAUGGCCAAGCCCUCUGGAAGCUCUUGCGCGAAUCUGAUGGCCCGGAAUAACAGCGCAAACAUGCUCUACAGGCCUCCCGCGAUCCCUGUCAACAAGAGCGCGUGCCAUCAGUAGGGCUCGCGGCUGGAAAUGUCUGUCCACGGCUGGCCUCGCGCCUCUUCUUUGUUCCUUGAUGAGGAUUUUUCUUGGCGGGCGUAUUAGCCUGUCAAAUGUAAAGAGGCUUUUGAUUCUCUCAUGUUCAGGAAGAUAUUGAUUGAUUCGGUGUGUAAAUAGAGAGACCGGUUGUAUACCAAACAUUUUUUUUACUGCA